AUUUUUAAAUUUUUAUUACACGAAAUUUGCAUAGAAAAUGCUUAGCCGGCAAUUAUUGACACACAGCGAACUCAGUGUUACCAAUGCUCACUGGUCGAAUAUUCAACCGCUUACGUUAACUUUUCGCGCCAAUUAAAUUAAAGUGGUCGAUUUAGCGAUCAUCAAUAUAUAAAGGGAUAAAUAAUAGCCUUUAAUUUGCCGCCAUUUGAUUGACGAUUUGAUAGCCCAAAAUGAGUCUCUUUUAGACGGGGUUGCAUAACAAUUUAAUAAUUUACUUACUUAAAGGAAAAUGUAUUUUCAUUGUAUAAUAGACGCUUUAAAUUUACUCAUUUAACAAAUAUAACAAUGUUCUGGAAGGUGGGUUUUUAAAAUUCGUUAAAAUAAAAUUCUAUACUUCUUGUCGGCUAGUAUACAAAAACAACACGAAAUUUCUAUUAAAUAUUAAAUUAAAUCCAUUAUUAUCCCUAAUUUUGUUCGACUGAAAUGACACAUGAACACAAAGUGAAAUUGAUAUUAGGUGAUUAUCUGUCGGCAUUUCGUGAUACCUUUGCAGUAGUUCAUUAUACGAAUUAUUCGAUUGAAAUUUGUUGCAGAAAUCUCAAAAUGGGAUCUUGUAAAGAGAAAAAUGAAGUUAAGUGUGCUAUGAAUGGAUAUUCUAAUCAUCUCGGAUGCACUGUGGAUGAUGAUAGGAAAAUUGUCUAUGUUGCACCAAUAAAUGGAAAAAAGUUUGUUAUACCUGACGCUACAAGACAAUGCACUUGGACUAAAGAUGCACUUAAGAAAGGGGUAUUUUAUCCCCACUCUACACAAGAUUGGAAAAGGACCGAGAAAAUUGUGCCCAACGUUCUGUCUUUAAUAGGAAACACACCCAUGGUAAAAUUGAAUUCAAUACCAAAAAAAGCCGGGAUUAAGUGCAAUAUAUAUGCAAAAUUGGAAUACUUCAAUCCAGGAGGUUCGGUUAAAGACCGAAUAGCAAAAAGAAUUAUAGAAGAUGCCGAGGCACAAGGACUUUUAAGACCCGGGAUGACGAUCAUUGAAGCUACUUCUGGAAAUACUGGAAUCGGAGUGGCAUUAGCUUCGGCCAUUAAAGGAUACAAGUGUAUAAUAGUCAUGAGCGAAAAGAUGUCGAACGAGAAAGUGGCAGUAAUAACAGCAUUAGGAGCAAAACUGAUUAAGACACCAAUCACAGCCGACUCGUAUUCUACCGAGGGAAUUUUUGGCGUAGCAAAUCGAUUACACAACGAAAUUCCCGAUUCUCUAAUACUGGACCAGUUUUCGAAUCCGGGAAAUCCGCUGGCACACUACGACACCACCGCUGAGGAGAUAUUGGAUCAAUGCAAUCAUAAAGUUGAUUACCUGGUUUUAGGUGCCGGAACAGGUGGAACCCUGACAGGAAUCAGUAGAAAAAUCAAAGAAAAAUCUCCGCAAACCACGAUAGUCGGCUUGGAUCCCGAGGGGUCGGUUUUCGCUGUUCCCGAUUAUCUCAACAAAACUGACGUCACAUUCUUCGAAGUCGAAGGUUUGGGGUACGAUUUCGUUCCUACAUCUUUAGAUCAAAAUGCUGCCGACAUAUGGGUGAAAACAAAUGAUCAAGAUAGCUUAACUAUGGCCAGAAGACUUAUUAGAGAAGAAGGAAUUCUUUGCGGUACCAGUAGUGGCGCAGCGGUGUCAGCAGCAAUCAAAAUAGCAACAGAUGUGCCGGAAGGCGCUAACAUCGUUGUAGUAAUACCGGACAGCAUCAGAAACUAUCUAACCAAGUUUGUUUCAGAUCACUGGAUGGAGGCACGAGGUUUUCAAUCAUGCGAAAACAUUAAUAACCAUUGGUGGUGGAAAGACAGUAUUUCAAGUAUCAAUUAUAAGAAAGUUAAUACAGUCAGAGCAAAUGAAUCUUGCGGAAAUGUAAUAGAUUUAAUGAGAGACAAAGAUUUUAAAGAGGUAGCAGUAUUAAAAUUAGACGGAAAUAUUUUGGGCACUGUUACCCUUAAACAUUUAAUUAAUAAUUUAUUGGCUAACAAUAUCAAACCGUCUGAUAAAAUUCAAGAUUGCACUAUUCGAAUAUUUCCCAAAGUAGACGUAAAAUCAGGAUACCUCGGACUGGUAUCUAGAAUUUUAGAAAAGGAUCAUUACGUCAUCGUAACAGAAACAAACGGAACUGGAUAUUCCAAAACUGAAAAUCCUCUAGGAAUUAUUAAAAUCACAGAUUUGUAUGAAUACAUUCAAAACGGAAGUCUUAGUUAAAUAUGAAAAAAUAAACGUUGUGUUGUGAAUUUCAUCAAAUUUAAACAAAACCUUUUGUAAAAUAAAGAUCUCUACCACAGUUUAUAUAAUUAUUUGUUAUUCAAUUCCGAUAUGUGGACAUCUAUAUAAGGCACAAUAUAAUGUAUGUAUUGAUAUUUCAAUACCAUUAAUUGUCAAAUAUAUCACUAUACAAAAUUA